UUACUGUAUCCGUAUCGUUACUUUGGUCCUGUGUAAUGCUUUUUGUAUUAUUCUGCGUUUUGUGGUUUUUAUCGUUCCAGUUCUGUGUGUCACUGACAAGGUCCGGUUUACACAUUCGUGAUUCUGCUAAUGUUGCUUUAGUUAGGCACUUGAAACGUAGUAGCAUAGAUGUAGUUAGUGAUUCUAGUGCAUUUAUUCAAGGUUAUAAACGCCCAGGUGUUUACAAUGGAUGCAUUAAUUCAACUCGCAGCAGCAUACCAGCCUUCGUGUCUGUGACAAGGAAUACUGGAUCUAGUGCAAUAGAACGCCAUAGCAGGACUCCAUUGAACAGUAGCUCUUGCGAUGUGUUAAAUGACCAUGAAGAUACAAUCAACCGUAUACGUUCAUUUGCUUCUGAGCUUACUGCAUUGGAAGACCAUGAUUCUUACGUCCAUAAGCUAGUUGAGUUUGGUGCUUCCGUUUACAAAGGCGCUCCGGAGCUUAAUUCGAUCCUGGAUUUUACUGGUUCGGCAUACAGCAGAGAGUUUAAAGUAGACAGUGGCCAAGGUUACUUUUUGCUUCCGCUACCUAGAGGUACAAGUUACAAAUUAGUUUCCGGGUGUAUAUCAUCUAUUGUCGUUGGAGUAUAUAUCAAGGACGCUAUUGUACAAGUUGAUGGCACAUCUGACUCGUUGAUCACGAAGGGUAUAUUGGCCAUAAUCCUGAGUAAGGUUCACGGCCGCCCCGUGAGUGAGGUGUUAUCACUGAGUGCUGAUGACAUAGGGUUGGGCCCAGUGGUAUCACAAAUAGGAUUCAUUAAGCGUGAUGGUGUAUCUACUAUACUGGAUCACAUAAAGCGUGAGGCUAGCGGCACCCAAUUAGGCAAUCCAUCUCUGCCUACAGUGCUUGGUCAGUCUAGGGUGGCAUGUCUGGUUAGCGGUGGUGUGGAUUCCGCUGUGGCUUUGUGGUUAUUGAAAUCGCGUGGUUUCGAUAUUGAGGCGUUUUACCUCAAGGUAUGGUCCGUUGAAAACGGGGACUUGGGUGACUGCCAGUGGUCGGCUGAUCUGGAACAUGCCAUGGGUGUAACCAAACUGCUCAAUGUACCAUUGCACGUGGUUCCAUUUCAGGAUGUGUACCACCAGCGUGUUCUAGACCCAUUCGUUGCCGGUGCGAGCCUCGGCGAGACACCGAAUCCUGAUGUAUGUUGCAAUGAAUUCAUUAAGUUCGGUGCGUUUUUGGAUUAUGCUGUUCGUUGGGGGUUCAGCCAUAUAGCAUCAGGGCACUAUGCCUCUAUCAUAGAGGAUCUAGUGCCUGGUACCUCAACGCGUAUAGCUCGGCUGCGUUUAUGCAGGGACCUAAGGAAGGAUCAGACAUAUUUCCUAUCACGUUUGAGCCAGUCACAGCUACGACGUGUUAUGUUCCCUUUGAGUCAGCUUUACAAGAAUGAGGUACGAACAAUCGCUCGUACCCUUGGAUUUUCUAAUUAUGACCGCAAGGAGUCCAUGGGAUUAUGUUUCCUUGGUAAGGUUGAUGUGAAGUCGUUUUUAUCGCAUCGUCUUGGUGAGGUUCCGGGGCCUAUCGUUGACCACGACACUGGCAAUUGUAUCGGUAGACACCACGGACUGUUCCACUUUACUAUCGGCCAGCGUGAAGGUAUAGCGCGCUACCUGAAUUCCGUGCGCGACACCAAUCAAUCGCGUUACGUAGUCGCCAAAGAUAUCGAUACCAACACCCUAUAUGUAAGCACGCGGUACCAUACCAAGUGUUACACUGAACCCGGUAGCGUUCGCCGCCGGUUCCGCAUAUCAGACAUUCGCUGGAAUGUACCUGACUUUAAGCGUUUUAUCACUGACCCUAAUAGUUUAUCCAUGAAGGUGCGACACUCUCCCACGUUAUGCCGUGGUGAUAUUAGCUUCGACGACCUGGAUACUGCAUCCGGCGCAUCAGUACACCUGGAAAAGGCGGACAUUGGUUUGGCCACCGGGCAAUAUGCGGUGAUAUACAGCGGAUUAAACUGUUUGGGUGCUGGCAAGAUAGUGGCUAAGCAGCGCUGACUGUCUAGUAGGAUC